AUGCCAUAUUGCAUCACCGAGCCAUCAUCAUUCAACACAAAUCCAAAUAGUGGCAGUGGUAAAAAAAGAAAGGACAGGAAAAAAGGAGGCAAGAGAGGGCCCCCAGGUGCCCCUGGUCCACCAGGCCCUCCUGGGCCUCAAGGGCCCAUGGGUAUCCCUGGCAUACCAGGCAUCCCCGGCACCAAUGCCAAUGGGCCCUCUGGACCACCAGGUCCCCCAGGGCCUGCCGGCCCCCCAGGGCCACAGGGUCCGCCCGGGCCCCAAGGUUCGUCAGGGGGAAAUGACAAGGGCCGGCAGAAAGACUUUCAGCCAGCCGUGGUUCAUCUUCAGGGGCAAGAGACCACGAUACAGGUGAAAGAAGAUCUUUCAGAAGGCGUACUCAGAAACUGGAAAAUGAUCUCCAUGCAUCACAAGGUGUUUAAGAUGCACUCCCACUCGGGCGAACUGGAGGUGCUGGUGGAUGGCACCUACUUCAUCUAUAGUCAGGUAUAUUACCUGAACUUCACCGACAUUGCGAGCUACGAGGUGAUGGUGGACAAGACGCCGUUCCUGCGCUGCACGCGCAGCAUCGAGACGGGCCAGCGCAAGUUCAACACGUGCUACACGGCCGGGGUGUGCCUGCUGCGCGCCCGCCAGAAGAUCUCCAUCCGCAUGGUGUACGAGGACACCUCCAUCAGCAUGACCAACCACACCACCUUCCUGGGCAGCAUCCGCCUCGGGGAGGUGCCAUCCGGCGGGCACGCUUAAGUUUUUACGGAGGGCGCCCCACCACUUCCACCCACACGCACGCAAAAACACACCUUUUCCGACCGC